AUGCCAAACGCGCCCUUUAUUGUCUUGUUCUGUGCUGUUACGAAUAAAAGUCAAGGGAUCGCUCAAGAAACCGGACGCAUUUCUGAUCAAACCUUUAAAGAUGCUAUUGCUGCAACGGAGCAGGGGCUUGUGGAUGUUGUUCGUAGGGAAGUUAGACAAAAUCCAAAUAUUACAGCAGUUGGGUCUUGUUGUCUGGUUGCACUUGUCUGGAAUGGGGCAUUAUAUGUUGCUAAUCUAGGCGAUUCUCGUGCUGUGAUCGGUCGCUUGGACGAUGUAUCUAAUAGGAUCGUCGCUGAGCAGUUGACUAAGGACGACAACCUGAGAGACCAGAGCAUUAGAGAAGCACUCAUGCGUGAACACAGCGAGGAACAAGAUCUCGUUGUUGAAGUAAAUGGCGCUUACCGUCUCAAAGGCAAACUUCAGUUGUCCAAAGCCAUAGGUGAUGCAUACUUGAAAUUCCCAGAGUACUAUCGUACACCAGGAAAUCCUAGAUACCAUCUUCGGGAACCUGUUAGACGAGCUGUACUCUCAGCAGACCCAACAGUGGUUACAAGAGUUCUGCAACCACAUCACAGAUUCCUGAUUUGCGCAUCCGAUGGCCUGUGGGAUCACAUAUCCAGUGAGAGAGCAGUCGAGAUUGUGCACAAACACCCGCAAGAAGGAAUAGCAAGAAGGCUUCUUAAAGCAGCAAUAAAGAUGGCAUGUAGAAAAAGCAAGGAGAGGUAUACAUAUGAUCAGAUUAAGGCCUUCGGCAGUAACCAAUCGAGGCGGGACAUUCAUGACGACAUCACAAUUGUGGUCAUCUAUUUUGAUCAUGACAGGGGGUAUGAUGCAAAUGUCCCUGGGCUCUCAAUAAGAGGAUUCAGAAACUCCCAUUUGCCACCAAGGUUCAAUCUUCAAGGAGUGGAAUGACAAGGGCAAAGCUUUAGUACCUAAAGAAGUAACGAGAUCUAGUUAGCUUGAUUUACUUAAUUUGAUUCUUUGAACAGGCUUUUGUUUUUCUUUUUUUUUUUUCGCAUUUUUUUCCAACAUCAAGAUGUU